CUAAUUUCAGGUGCAACCCAUUGUACGGAACUAACCUACUUGUUUGGAGUAUCGCUUUUGUUUGGAUUUCAAUUUACUGAUGCUGAUAACCGAAUGAUCGACCUUAUGACGCGAAUGUGGACUAAUUUCGCCAAAUAUGGAAACCCAAACGGGCCCUAUGAAGACUCAACAGUGUUCGACUUCAAAUGGGAACCGGUAACCUUACAAGAGUGUGGCAGCCAUCUGGUCAUUGAUGAAAAGUGUGAAAUGCGUCCGAUUUACGAGGAACGAAGGGCCGAAUUUUGGAAGAAUAUCCGGAUAACGGCAAAGAGCAAUUGA